CUUCUCCUUUUAAAGCCGCCGGUCGGACGGACAGACGGACCGCAGCAGGACUUUAAAAACCUCGGAGCACCUCUAACGGGACAUUUGACAGCAGCAAGGACCGGGACGCGUUCAGGUCCAUUUUUUUUCUCCUCUGUUCUCCUCCUCGGAUGGAGCUGCAGCAAUUCCUCCACAGACUGCACCGCCCGCCCGCCGCCCGUCUCCGGGACUGAAGCUGCCCGCCGCUCGGUGUCCUCCCCCCUGACAGAGUGAUCAUCGCGGGGUUGUCGUCCUCUCCGUCCUCUCUGUCUUCCAGCAGGCCGCCGUCUCCUCCGUGACUCUCUGUUCCCAUGCGAUUCUUCAGACUCACAUUCAAGUGUUUCGUGGAUUGUUUUUGAAGGUCGCUGUCCCAGUGUCGGUUUAACUUCCUUUAUUUUUAUUUUCACCUUUUCUAUCUUAUCAUUUCCUCUUAUUUUGGAUUCGAGAAAGAAAUGUCUCCCGAUUAUUAUUAGAUUAUUCAAUUUGUGUCCUUCAUUCAAUCUGAGUUCAUUGAUCUGGAUCAGUAAAUAAAAGAACAGAUUCUGGAUCCACCGCUGCUGAAGAAGAAGAAGAAUUAUAUUCAUUGUAAUUAUUACUGAGCAGGAGGACAGAGACAGACAGAGACAGAAAGACAGGAUAACGGUGGGAGCAGCAGAGAUCUUGAAGCGGUGUGACUGGGACGGGACCUGCUGCGGACUGACUCAUCUGUUCCUGACUGCUGGACUCAAGGUGAGGACGGACCUGAUUCUUGGACUAGAACAAGAAGAGAACUGAGUCUUUAAAGAGGAAAAAAGGAGCGAAAUUAAAGGGAAAACUGAGGGAAAAGGGAAGUGGAUCUGGACUGAAGCUGACUGCUCCUCCUCUGACUGGUUUCUGACUGGUAGGUUUAUCUGACUGGUAUCUGACUGGGUAUUGGGACUCUGAGAGCAGGAGCUGAGGUGAGUACAGAUCCUGGGACUGAGAGAAGCUCAUAGAGACAGAAAGCAGUGAAUCAAAGGGAGAAGAGACUGAGGUGAAACAGUGCUGACUGUUUCUGCUCCUUUACUGACUGGUUUUCACUCAAACUUUUUUAGGACUAAAAGAAGGAAAGAAUUCAUCCUAACCUGCAAGACUCAAACAGCCAGUGCAGACUGCACCUUUACUGACUAGUUUGUUACUGGUUUUUAACUGGUGGACUGGUUUCUGGGGUUAGUCUAGGUGCAGGACCAGACCAGAUUCUGUAGGACAUAAACAGAACAAAAACUUGCAGGAUUUAAAGGGAAUCCAAGAGAGACUAGAACCCCUGACUGACUGGUUCCUGACUAGUUUGUGGACUGAUGGAGGAGCAGGCCCUGCCAGCCUCCUCAUGCUCUCUGGUCCUCCUGGAGGAGACCAAGAAGAACCCCCUCAUCCUGUCUAAUGGCGGCGGCGGUUACCCUCCCGCGGCCGCUAACGGCAACCUCCCACUGUCGACGGCAGUGGCGGGGUCCGGCAGUGGCGGCGUGGUCGGUGGUGCUUGUGCCGGCCCGGACAAGAAAGGAGUCGUGGUCUCGGGGGCGGGACCAGGGUACCAGGAGAGGGAGACAUGGACGCGACAGAUGGACUUCAUCAUGUCCUGCGUCGGCUUCGCUGUGGGACUCGGCAACGUAUGGAGGUUCCCCUACCUGUGCUACAAAAACGGAGGAGGCGUCUUCCUGAUCCCCUACCUGCUCAUCGUCUUCGUCGGAGGAAUCCCCAUCUUCUUCCUGGAGAUCGCUCUGGGACAGUUCAUGAAGGCCGGCAGCAUCAACGUCUGGAACAUCGCUCCGCUCUUUAAAGGUCUGGGUUAUGCCUCCAUGGUGAUCGUGUUUUUCUGUAACACCUACUACAUCAUGGUGUUGGCCUGGGGCUUCUACUACCUGAUCAAGUCCUUUACCUCCAACCUCCCCUGGUCCAGCUGCGACAACCCAUGGAACACGCCCAGCUGCAUCGAGAUCUUCCAUCACCAGGACUGCAAGAACAGCAGCUUCGCCAACGUCACCGUCGCCGGCAACAUGACCUGCGCCGAGCUGGCGGACGCACGAUCACCCAUCAUCGAGUUCUGGGAGAACAAGGUGCUGAACAUCUCGUCUGGUCUGGAUGAACCUGGACACAUGAACUGGGAGCUCAUGCUCUGUCUGAUGGUGGUCUGGGUUCUGGUUUACUUCUGCGUCUGGAAGGGAGUCAAAUCCACCGGGAAGAUUGUGUACUUCACGGCGACCUUCCCCUACGUGGUCCUCAUCAUCCUGCUGGUCAGAGGAGUCACUCUUCCUGGAGCCUACGACGGCAUCAUGUACUAUAUCAAACCAGACUGGUCCAAACUGGGGGAGGCUCAGGUGUGGAUAGACGCCGGGACACAGAUCUUCUUCUCCUACGCCAUCGGGCUGGGGGCUCUGACCGCUCUGGGCAGCUACAACCGCUUCAACAAUGACUGCUACAAAGAUGCCUUCGUCUUGGCUCUGAUCAAUAGUGGAACCAGUUUCUUUGCUGGUUUCGUGGUGUUUUCUAUUCUGGGCUUCAUGGCUGCUGAGCAGGGAGUCGACAUCUCACAGGUCGCUGAAUCAGGUCCAGGUCUGGCCUUCAUCGCGUAUCCGAAAGCGGUCAGUCUGAUGCCGGUGGCUCCGCUCUGGGCGGCGCUCUUCUUCUUCAUGCUGCUGUUGCUGGGACUGGACAGUCAGUUUGUUGGGGUGGAGGGUUUUGUUACUGGAAUUCUGGAUCUGUUUCCUGGAAAAUACUACCAUCGCUACAAAAGGGAGAUCGCUGUGGCAAUAUGCUGUUUACUAUGCUUCAUUAUCGACCUCUCCAUGGUGACGCAGGGAGGAAUGUAUGUCUUCCAGUUGUUUGACUACUAUUCGGCCAGUGGAAUGACUCUGUUGUGGCAAGCAUUCUGGGAAUGCAUAGUAGUUGCCUGGGUCUAUGGUGCUGACCGCUUCAUGGAUGAUGUAGCUCGUAUGAUUGGCUAUAGGCCUUUCCCCUGGAUGAAGUGGUGCUGGUCUUUUAUAACUCCAUGUGUCUGUAUGGGCAUCUUUAUGUUUCACCUGGUGAACUACAAGCCGCUGACCUACAACAAUGUGUAUGUGUACCCGUGGUGGGGCGAAGUGAUUGGUUGGUGUCUGGCGAUGUCCUCCAUGCUCUGCAUCCCUGUCAGUCUUCUCUACAAACUCUUCAGAGCCAAGGGAACCUUCAAAGAGCGCUGGGCCCACCUGACCAGUCCAGUGUGGGGGGCCCAUCACCUGGAGUACAUGGCCCCAGACAUCAAGUCCCUGACCUCGCUGUCCCCCGGCACAGACGACAACAAGGUCAUCAUCUUUGAGAGCGUCAUGUAGGCUGUAAGCUUCAUCUCCAUCCAUCCCACCUACGACAAGAUCGCUGACACCUCGCUUCCAUGACCUCCACCUUCAGAUUUACCUCCCCAGGUACUAGGCCCCAGAAUAGACUCUUGAAAGGAUCAAUCAUUGCGUCUCCUUUGGAGGAACUGAUUGACGAUUGGUUGGUUUCCUCAGCUCCUCCAGAUAUCACCAGGUACACCAAAGCUGCAAGGUUUCUUCAUACCUGUAAAGGAAUAAAGGAAGCAGCUCCUCCAGGAGGUUUUUAUCAUUACACCAACAACAAAAUGUGUCAUUAAAACCAGCAGAUCCCUCUGAUUGAUGAUGAAGGGCUCUGAUUCCUCUGGUUCUCUAUAAAGAAAAUAUCUUUGACAACAUGUCAAACCCUGGAGGGGCUGAAGAAGAACACUGGUAAGAUUUUCUUCCUGGUGGAAUCUCACUGUGUUGAAAAAGCUGCUGAACGUCUCCCGUCAAGUCAGAGGUUGUUGGGCUUCCUCCAUCUUAGAUUAAAGGUAUCAGUGCAAUUUUGUCUUGGGGUGGGCGGGCUGGAUCACACACAAACCUGACAGACAGCCAUUACACACACACACAUACACGCACACACACACAAACACACAAACACACCUCCUGUCAAUAUUUCAUCACACUGACAAUAUAAAACAUCAACACUGAGACUGGUGUGUGCAACCUUUUUUCAUUCAGCUGCAGUUUUGCAAAAUUAGAGUCUAAAGUUGUUGGUGAAAUUUUGGAGACUUUAAAUCACUGUGUGUGUGUGUAAUGGCCGUUCAUUAAGACAGAAUUCUAGACAGACAGACUGACUGACCCCCAGAAAUUACCAAGAGGUCAAUUGCUUCGUAACAGGAAUUAAAAAUGACAGACUGGUCUGAUCUUCAGUCUUGUGGUCAAAUGAAAGGGGUAGGAAAAGAUGGGUUCAGUUCCUGUAAUCAGUACCUAAAUUGCAAAUUUUCUGGAUUUCAGUUUUUCCCCUGAAAACUGUGAAAUACACUUUGACAGAUCUCUGCUACUUUAAUGUGGCAUUUUAUUAGAGAAUUGGCAACAGGACUGAAGUGUUAAAAACACAAAACAAUUCCUGUUUCGGGGCAACCAGUGGUCCAUGAACGCACUAUGCUGCCAGGAAGCCGAACUGAGCUCAGUGAGCCCUGAAGGCAUCAUCAGACUGUCCUGCUUCUGAACGAGCCUUUGUGAGCACUUUAUGUGACACUCUGAUUGUUGAAGCUUGUUAUUGAUCUAGAUCCUAAACCCUAAUCAGGACUGAAGUCUCUGUCGGACUGAAAUGCUUUGGUCUUCAGCGCAGCUCGUUUCUAUCCGGUUCUCAAGAUAAAUACUGUGAAUCACCAGCUCCUACUACUGAUCCCAGAACAGUCCUGACUCCUGGGCAGCAUGUGGUCCUCGGACCGCUGACCUCCGAUCUGUUUUCCACAGUCACACGGAGGCUUGAUUCACUCAGGCAACAAUAGAGCUGAUGUUAGGAGGAAGGUUCCAGUGAGAAUUCAGCCAGUCCAACUUCCUGAUGCUUUCAACCACAAUUCUUGGACUUUAUCACCCUUCAAGUUUGCCAGUUUGUGGUUUCCUCUGAAUGCAAACAAACAGAAGCAAAACAAUCUCAACUCAAGAGCCAGAGCUUCAAAUGAACUGGCAACUAAUUUGAUAAUUGAAUAAUUGGUUAUGCGUUAUUUAUCGAAUAAAAAGGCCAAACAUUACGUAGUUUCAACUUCUUAUAUUUUACAUAGAAGUGGUGGUUGGUUGAUCGAUUCAGUCGCUUCCCAUUGCUGUAUUCAGGCUGAGGUUGAAGGUACAUCGCAUGGUUUACCUCAGCUGAUGGAUCACCUUAGUUAUCAGGCUCAGGAAGAGAACCUGACACAUUCCAGUCAUCCCACUGAAAAACCACAGUCUCACCCAGUAAAUCCAAUCUGAUCUAACACUUCAAAAUAAAAUCGAAACAAGCAAUCAGAUAAAAAUCAAAUAAAAAUCUGUUAAACUGUUGAGCAGAGUCUGAAAUCUCACUGGAUCUGACCUUUAACCCCUUCAUGUUCUGGAUCUGACCUCCUCAUGAGGAGGUUCAGGCUUGUGUGAGAAUCAGGUCAGAGGUCGGGCUUGGUUCUGCGUCCCCCGGGUUGACUGAAGUGCCAAACGGAACGAUACGCACCCUGCAGGGCUGAUCCCAGACCAGGGCUCAAGGCUGCCAAUAUCAACCCAUUCGCUCCUCUCUGCCUCGUCUUGUCAAUCUCAUUAACGCUGUGCUCCUCCCACAAGACACCACGCUCUCCUCAGGAACAGCUGAUACUUUCAGUUUUAUUAUAGUAACUGAUUUCCUUCUUAAUGAAACCAGUUACUUGCUUUAACUGAAUAACUGGCCCUGAAACCAAGACCUACAAGUAGAUUUGGUCCACUUUAUCAUGACAAAGUAAAGCAAAAAUAACAUGUCCUUGAUUCAGUUUGAUACAUGUACGAUGAUUCUGACAGAUAAUUCAUGUCGGCUGUAAAACUUAAGCUUUUCUGUCCAAGGAAAUCCAGUCCAGACAUCAUUACCAAACUCAGCCCCAUUAGCGCCACUGAGCAGAUACAUAAAAGGGUUCACUCUUUACAAAAAUGUUUAAGUCUUAAGUUUAAUUGGCUGAAUGUAAUUAGAUUUUCUGACACUUGUAUCAGCCUCUUUACUCCCUAGUUCCCAGAUCUACUAACAGGACCUUCACCGGACCACCACCAUGUUUGUUAGCAGCCUCAGAACAUGACUCAUUGUAAUGUGCUGCUUAACUGUCAGUUUAUUGUCAGACAACUGACAGACGAAGGUUUUCAUGCAGUCGGAUCAGCUGGUGGAGAGAUGAGAGCUGGAGGACUCAGCAUGAUGCCAAGCGUUGCCUUACGUCGUUGUCUUAACCCUAGAGCCCAUACGGUUGACUAGCCAAACCCAGAGCCCUACAGGACGUCCUGUGUAUGGCUCUGGUUUACAUCCCACUAAUCAGCAGUCUGUGGGGGCGUGUCUACAACUCUGUCUCCUAGCAACCACUCACCAUCCACCUGUCACGGGGAAACAUAAUGAUUCGAAUGUAAGAUAUAUUAAACUACAUACAUUUGCACAUUGUUGUCAAAUAAUGUUGCUAGCACUUUGAAAAGAGUCGUGUUAGAGAUCGUGUUUUGUUUUACAUAUUGUAAAAUGAAUCAGAGAUUUAUUUUGUGGAGGCUUUUAUUUUGCUGAUACAUACAGUAUGACAAAUAUAUAUAUUGAAUAUCUUUGUGUGUUAUCUAUAUUUGAUGCAGUAUGUAAAUGUGAUGAUGAUGAUGAUGUUGAUGAUUGUUCACGUGUAGCCGGUGAUGACGAGCAACAAGCCGCACCAAACGACACCGGCUGCGACCAAGUCGAGCUUCAGGCUACCUCACUUCUCAUUCAGACUUUCAAAAUAAAAUUUCUUUUAGCUUUUUAUGCAAAUGUUUUGUCAGCGCCGUUGGCGGCUGCUAGCAGGAGGGGAUUGUGGGAAGCGUUUCUGGAAACGUUUCCCUCUUCGUCCCCGUUUCAUGUUGCAGCUUUAAAGGUUCUCCAGCAUCUGUAAAAAUUUGAUAAACUGAAAAUCUGACAUGCAGGAAGCAAUAAAAAAAUCUGGCACCAACUGCAAUAACUGUUUAAAAAAUGAACUAAAACUUUAAAACUGGAACUAAAAUGUGUCACUUUUUUGUGGCUCUGUAUUCAUUAUGAAUUAAACUGUAUUGGUGUAGUGAGGCCUUUAAACAGCGUCUGACCGGCUAACGUGAACAAACAGCAAAGGGGCGUGGCUUUUAUUUUGGUGGGUUUGCUGCGAUGCAGUGAUGUUAAGGCUGUCGAGGCUUUGUGUGGCUCUGAACACACUUCGAAAGGGAAUCUUUUUUUUUUUUUUUUUUUCUUAUUCUCAAAGUGCUCAACUGUUUGAGAGUUUUAGCUUUAGAUGAUUUUAGCUUAAUUUUUUUCUUUUGUGUGUUUUAAUGAAUAUCAGUGUUUUUCCCUCAGACCCCCCACGGCUCAGAUUCUUACUUUAUUAUCAUCUCUGCCAAGAAAAAUUAAUCUGCUUGUCUGAUUUGACAGAAUUAUUUGCACAAUUAAGUUAAAUUGAUGUUUAAAAGUGAAGACUGUGACUCUGCUGUUUCAGUCUCUGUGUCUGAGAAGUGAAGCUGAACCAGGCAGAACAAACCACUCACCACCAUCUGAACAUAGACACAGUACUACAGCUACAGCUACCUCAAUAAGGUGAGCUGGUCCACCUGGACAGAUCAACAUGCAGCAGAAAAACUACUACAUAUCCAAGCAUUCAGUGGGAGCUUUGAGACAGCAGUCACAUCCAGACACUGAAAAACACCUUGAUGAUGGUGGUAAAUUGAUUUACAUGGGGUGUAGAGUCCAUGUUUCCAAAAUAAGACCCAGUGAACCAAUGGGCCCCCUGUCUGCUAGUCGCUGUCAUGAUCACACAGACGAUUAAAGUUUAAAACCAAAUUCUGAUUUAAUUUAAACUGACCCUGGUUUCAUAUGUUUCAGAGCCAGUCAGUGAUUCUGUCAGCUGUCCAAAAUAUAAACUCAAAUAAAACUGAAAUAUUAUUUCUCCAGCUGAUUUCUUCACUACUUUUACAAUUUAAAUUGAAUCACUUAUUAUUUUUUUUAUUAACAUUUGUUCAGAAAAAAAAAAACAGUUGAAGAAUCUCUUCUAAAUUUGCUGUUAUAGUUUUCACUGAACCAUUAAUGUGUUAAACUAAAAAUCAGACUAAUUAAGGAUGAAAUCCUCAUUAGUUGUAGCUCUGCAUUGGAGCUGAUGUGGCUGAUGGGGCUGCAGAUCACAUGUUGUAGAGGUCACAGUCAUGUGACUCAAGUGCCACUGAUGUUUCCUUUUAUCUCACUAAUGAAACUAACCUGAGGCAGUAUUUUAUAGAAACAACAUUUAAAACUGACAUUUUAAACAUAGAAUCUUUUUUUUGUUUGUUUUUUAAGCGAUGUUGUAACAUUACUGUUUUUUAAAUGUUCAUGUCUGGUCUUUGGACGGGAGCCUGGGAGGGUCAGAGGGUGGAAAAGAUGAAAAAAUCUGCAGCCAUUUAACACAAAAGAAAAUAUGAAAAAAAAAACCAACUUGAAAAAAUGAACGUGUACAUUACCAAACUGAUGUUGUUUCAUGUCAUUUUGUCUUUGUGCUCUUCUGCCAAAAAAAAUACAACAAACAUGUUGAGACAGUAUCUUUUAUCCAAAACUAUGACAUGCAGAUCUGAAAGACACUGAGCGGAAAAUCACAUUCAGUCUAAAAAAAAAACAAAAAAAAACACGGCACACUGCUGUGAAACUGUCGACAACACUACACGCACGCACGCACGCACGCACGCACGCACGCACGCACGCACGCACGCACACACACACACACACACACACACACACACACACACACACACACACACACACACACACACACACACACACACACACACACACACACACACACACACACACACACACACACACGCCCUCUACUGUUUACACUGAUUUUUAUUCUCACUCAGACUAGAGACAGACUGAUGAGGGAAUUUCAUUACUAAAAUUAAGUAUUUCAUAAUUAAUAAAGUAAUUAACACCCAUUUAUACUCUAGAUGUAGAUACAAACACUCAUUCCUUCAAAAUUCUCUUUAAUUUGGAUGUUGUGAAAAGGCCAUCAAAAUCAAAUUCAUUUUUUAAAGCUGCUCCACUCCAUGUAAACAUAAUAUAUCAGAUAUAUGUUUUUCUGCUGCUCCAGAGAAAGAAAAAGUAAAAUAAAAUAAAUGUUGCAACUUUACUUUUCCAAUGUAUCCUUAACUUUAAAAUAUGAUGUCAUAUUUUACGAUUAAAAUGUAAUGUUUUAAAAUGCCAUAAAACAAUUGAUGCAAUCCAAUCAUGCAUUUUAUUCAUAAAGCAGCUUCUCUUUUUAUUAAUAUUAAAAUAUAACACGUUUUGUUGUAACAUUACAGCUUUUGGCUCAAAAUGUUUUAACUUUGCUAUUGUCCCUAAACCUCAACCACACACAUUUAAAAUGAUCAUGUUGUGUUACUGCUGGAAAAAUCAGCAUCAGAGUUUAAUGCUGAGUGAACUCAUCAUCAGUCUGUCUCUAACACUGACCAACAGACAGUUCACAGAGUGAUGUCAGAGUGAUGUCAGAUGACUGGUUGUGUGUAUUAUGGAUUAUUAUAUUAGAAGAACUGGAUGGGGCCUUAUACACAUAAAAAUCACUUUUCUAUGAUCUGGGAAAGUUCAACAAACAAAAGACCUUCAUAUUUUAAAACUUCAUAACAAUAAGAAUAUUAAGCUUAUUUGUAGUUGGAGAUGUCCUGCCAACAGUUUUACAGACGUCUCUUUUAAAAUGGUGGUCUACGGGAAAAAAUACUUUUGGACUGUUUUAGUUGCAGUACCACAAGUGGCCACCAGUUCUUCAUACAUCCAUGGCGUAAACUGAACAUGCUAUGCAAAGAGUCGAGCUCCAGUCUGUGUGUUUUCAGAUGAACGGUCAAACAUUCAAACUCUGAUGACGAUGCACCAUUUGGCUUCCCCGACUGAGAAACCUCAGAUCAGACCGGAUCUGGGUUUUGCUGCCAAAAGGAAAAGUGGGUGAAGGGGAAAAACAUUUCGAACCUGAAACUGUAAAAACAAACGGCGUCUGUUUGUUCUGACCGUCCUCUGCAGGUUUUGAUAAUCGAUACUGUCGAACAAACUUCACUGUCAGCGGGUUUCCUUCAGUGGAGAGCGUCUGCUUCCUAAAAAAACAUCUCAACUUUGUUUCUCAAAAACCUCCUGCUGCUCUCAGACCAGCACAGAACGGACUCACUCACAGCAGAGCUUUUAAAGUUAUUAAGAGAUUUUUCUUUUAUUCAGCUUCGUUUUAACGUAGAUUAUUUUUUAGAUUGUUUUUGAAAAUGAUUUCAUUUUCAUAGCCAAAAACAUUUGCCAAAAUGUUUUUUAACCUCCAAAUAAACAGAGAACAAUAAAAAAGGAAAUGAAGAAAAAGAUGAUUUUUUUUUUUUUUUUUUAUUUGUUUCUUUUAAUUUCUUGUCACCGCUGUUGUUUUCUGGGUACAACAUGUCACUGGUGCUCCUCAUAAACAACCAAAAUCUUUGAACAUCAAAUGAAAUAACUUUCUUACCUUGAUGUUUUUUUGAGACGCUGAUGUUGUAGCAGUGGAACUAGCAGGAGGCGCUCUCCUCCGGUGGGAAAUCCCAUCGUGUUUGGGCAGGAAACAGAGAGCGAGCCGCCUCAGGCUUGCCGUACAGAGCGGAUGAUGAGCGGGAAAAUGUCACCGCUACUACCGCAACAAAAGAAUUAGAACAUGUGAACGAAAUUACAUCUGUUAUAGGAAGAGUUCCUGCUGAGUUAAAAUAAGUAGAUGAAAAAUGAAAUCAUGGUAAAGUAAAAACUCUCACAAGCUUAACUGGAAUUUAAUGAAUCAGAAUUGACAUCUGAAUUAGCAAUAAUGAUUUUUUCAUUGUUUCAUUGUUGUGAUCGUUGACAACGUUGGAAAAACAGUCGUAAACAUUAGCAAAAAGAAUUAGUAAUAGUUGUCACUAACGUAGCUGUAAAGUGUUUUUUUUUUAAGCCUCUUUUAGCUCCUCAACAGUGUCUUUCUGCCCCUUUUCCUAUUAAAUCACAUUAAAGAGUCUGGUUAAGGUUGGCAGUUAAAGAGCUUAGGUUAGUUAUUGUUUAUUUUAGUAGGUAAAAUAGUUUCAUGUUAGGUAACCGUUCUUCAGUAACUAACCAGUUGUUAGUUGGACAAUGAGACUAAAUGUAAACAGUGUCAGACGUGGAAAAAUCCCGAUAAACAAAGAAAAAUCUGACAGAGCUGAAGAUAAAAGACAAGAUAAAAGUAUUUCAAACUUUACGACCUAAAAUCUGAUAAAGAAAUUCUGUUGAGAGUUUUUAUUUUUAUUUCAGAUAUUUCAUCUAUUUAUUUCCUGUUCAGGACAAUAUCUGACAUUUUAUCUUGAAAUCUUCUCAGUUUGACGCUGAGACUAAAAGGUUUUUGUGAUCGUUAUUCUUCAGUUGUGCUGGUUUGAAAAUGUUGAAGCUGAAGCCGUGUCUGUGUUUCCCGCCCAAACUGAGCCACAUGGUAACCUCAUUCAUCCCAGUGUCGGUCAUUUUAUUGUAACUGUGUCUCUAUGACUUCCUGUAAACCGCAGUCUUCCAUCCAUAACUGUAGAUUAGACAAUCGAUUAGGUGAUAAGUAGCUUAAUGAACUAGUAGCUGUGUUAACGAUAGUAACGACCCUCGGGGCUCGACGUUAACGAGCCACCGGCCAAAGACUCUGCGGAGUUGAUGAUGAAAGAGUUAACUCUGGGCCCCGAUGAUGUCGCCUGUGUUUCAUUGACCUUUGACCCCUGCGAGGGUCUCCAUGCUGUAAACCACUGUGAUCACUGUGCUCGUUCACCAACGACUAAACCAAUGGCAAUAAAACCAGCGUCAUGACAAACA